GACUUCUCAGAAACAUGAGCAAUAUACCAGCCAGCCUCCAGACCUGAGGUUAGCGUUAGCAGCAGCGUUAAGCAGCGGCAGAAGCAGCAACAGCAGCAGCAACAGGUCGGGGCUAGGAAAGGGAAGAUCGAACUGUGGCUGGGGGUAGCCCAGGGGAUUUUUUGGAAGCCUGACAUUUCAGCAGGGAGCAGAGAUGAAGGGAAAAGUCAGGGACCCGCUACCAAGUGAGAGGCCAAAGCAGGAGGGGCAUAUCUGGGGCUCUAUGAAGAGGACUGCCUUCAUUCUAGGCUCUGGUCUGCUUUUGUCUGUGGCUUUUUGGAACUCUGUCACCUGGCAUCUGCAGAAAUUUUGGGGUGCCUCAGGCUACUUCUGGCAAGCCCAGUGGGAGAAGAUACUUUCUACUUUUGCAGGAAAGGAGUGGAUCCUCUUCUUUCUAGGUAUAGUUCUUAUUCCUACCAUAUUAUUUUGGAGUUUUAAUGCCCUUUUUCUGGUGGUGGACACAACUGGGAAGCCACAUUUUAUCUCCCGCUACCGAAUUCAAGAUGGCAAGAAUGAUCCUGUAGACCCCAUAAAACUCCGCCAGACCCUUGUUAUCGUCCUCUGCAACCAGUACAUCAUCUCCUUCCCCAUGCUGGGGCUCUUCUAUACCUUCCUCAAGUGGCGAGAAGAUCCCUGCCGCCCUGAGCUGCCCACCUUUCACUGGUUCCUCUUGGAGCUGUCUGUCUUCAUACUGAUAGAAGAAGUCAUGUUCUACUAUUCACACCGGCUUCUUCAUCACCCCAUGUUCUAUAAGCGAUUCCAUAAGAAACAUCAUGAGUGGACGGCCCCCAUCGGUGUGGUCUCUCUCUAUGCUCACCCUGUAGAGCAUGUGGUCUCCAACAUGCUGCCAGCCAUGGUGGGUCCCAUGGUAAUGGGCUCUCACCUGUCUUCCAUCACCAUGUGGUUUUCCUUGGCUCUCAUCAUCACCACCAUUUCUCACUGUGGUUACCACCUGCCUUUUCUGCCUUCACCGGAAUUCCAUGACUACCAUCACCUCAGAUUCAACCAGUGCUAUGGAGUGCUGGGGGUACUUGACCAUCUUCAUGGGACUGAUACCACAUUCAAGCAAACGAAGGCCUAUGAAAGACAUGUGCUGCUGCUGAACCUUACUCCUCUCUCUGAGAGCAUCCCCGACCCACCCAAGAAGAUAGAGUGAGAUAAAGAAGCUGAGACCCAGAAAAAAAUGACUUGCCCAACGUCAUAAGAGUGGCAAUUGGCAGAGCUGGGAUUUGAAUCCAGGUCCUCUACUUCACAUUAAGGGCUCUUUCCACUGUACCAUGCUGUCUCAAAUUUCAUCGCCUUUUCUACCCUCCCACUCCCCAGGACAUGAUAAGUUCUUUCCUUAUCGUGGCCAGAGAGGUUCUCUUCAGCUGUCUCCCAAGGAUCCUUUCAAGAAUAUCUCAAAGUACCCCCAGAUAAAAGCUGGGCUGCCUGCAUUUAGUCCCAGGGUACCACUCUGAGUUUGGGGCUGCGGCCUUUCUAUCCCCUGUCAUCUAUGCCUGCAAAUAAAAACAAUUAAAAAAAGCUUCAGUUCAAGAA